GAAGAAGAAGACGUACGGACGUGAUGUUGGUGCCUAUCUGUUUGUCUACUACUGUGCUAGUUAGCAUGUGUAUGUUUUGAGGUUCGGCUUAAUUUACGACUUGCAUUUUCUGUAAAUACACAUUGGAAUAUUCACGUCUUCGGCAACACCAUGAGUACGUUAUGGAUGGGGAACCUAGAAACCUACAUGGAUGAGAAGUUUAUCACCAGAGCCUUUUCCACCAUGGGAGAGCAGGCGAUUAAUGUGCGAAUCAUACGCAACAAGAUGACAGGUGUGUUGUCACCCAGGGGGGCUCUGGGUUACUGUUUUGUGGAAAUGACAGACGAGGCCACAGCUGAGAGGUGUCUCCGUAAAAUCAAUGGAAAAGCCUUACCAGGAGCCAAUCCGCCCACAAGAUUUAAGUUAAACCGAGCCACCUUUGGGAAACAAGACAGCGGUCAGAUGUAUUCUCUGUUUGUGGGAGAUCUAACUCCAGAGGUGGAUGAUGGGAUGCUUUAUGAGUUCUUCUACAACCGCUACCCUUCCUGUCGCGGUGGAAAAGUGGUGCUGGACAGCAUGGGCAACUCCAAGGGCUGUGGCUUUGUUCAGUUCCCAGACGAGCGGCUGCAGAAGCGGGCCUUAGAGGAGUGUCAGGGUGCUGUGGGACUGGGUGCUAAACCUCUGAGAUUGAGCCUGGCUGCUAACAAUUUAAGGAACCGGCAGCAGCAGCAGUCAGAGCACAGAUCAUCGUGGCAGUCCAGCACAGGAUACAGACACAACCAUGACCAGUACAACCAGUACCAGCAGCAUGCCUAUCCUGGGUAUUACUCCUCCUGGGGCUACGAUCAGACUGGAGGAGAGUAUGGCUACAACUAUCAGCAGUAUGAUUACACACAGUAUCCCCCACCUCAGGAAAGUGAAGCUGUUGAGGAGGAUGGACUUGAAGAUCCCAGUCCGACGCUUGAUGUGGUGGAGGCCAACAGGAAGUUCAUGGAGCUCAGUGAGGAACUGUAUGAUGCUCUGAUCGAGUGUCACUGGCAGCAAUCAGACAUCUCCACAGAGCAGGACCAUGCGACAUCCAGCUUACCAGAGCCCAUUUACUGCUGAAACGGAACACAUUUUCUUCUUAGUAUGGAUUAUUUUUGUAUGGACAUAAAUGAAAUUAGUCAUGGUAAUGGAUCUUAUUCAAGUAUACAAAGCCAUUGAAAUGUUCUGUGAAUACAGACAAUUCUGAAUUUGAAACAAAACA